UAAUGGACCUUAUAAACAUUAAAGUGAUGUAAACCAAUGAGGACAUCCAUGUGAAAGUAAUGGGCUAUGCUAAACUGGCUAAUUACCCCGGCAGGCAUGUUGGGGCAGGGAAGGUAGCGGUCAAACGCAGCGCUAACUGUUGAGUCUUUAAUCUAAUUUAAUGUGACGGACACAGAAGACACCAGGCAGAAGGAGAGCCCGGCUGAAUCUGCGGAUCAGUUCCCUCCUCGGACAAGGAAAAAGUAUCGUGAGGCUUCAGUGGGAAAGCGGGACACAUUUUGCUGCUGCACAGGAAAAAAAAAAAAACAAUGGCUGUGCCAAGAAUGAAGAGGGCCGUGCUGUUUCUGAUCACUGCCUACGUCUCUGUGCCAGUCAUUCUCUACCUGUUUCCUUGGAUAUUGGGCCAUGCCAUAUAUGCCCACUUGUUGAGGAUUCCCUUCUUUGUGGACCUUGGCAGACCCGAGCAGUUGCUGAACCACACAUGCAACUUCUACUUGACCACUGAGGAGGGCGUCUCAGUGGGAGUGUGGCAUACGCUUCCUGCCAGCCAAUGGGAGCAGGCCGCAGGGAGAGGCCCCGAGUGGUACCAGGAGACUCUGGGAGACGGCCGUCCUGUUAUUAUCUAUCUCCAUGGCAACCUGGGGACCAGGGCGAUACAUCACAGAGUAGAACUGGUGAAGAUCUUAAGUGCUGCAGGAUAUCAUGUCUUGUCUUUAGACUACAGAGGUUUUGGAGACUCCAGCGGGGAGCCGAGUGAAGCUGGGUUGACCGCUGACGCCCUCUAUCUGCACCAGUGGGUAAAGACACACAGCCGGGGGAGUCGUGUGUGUCUGUGGGGACACUCCCUCGGCAGCGGGGUGGCAACUAACACGGCACUGAAAGUACAGGAGCAAGGGUCCGCUGUUGAUGCUGUAAUCCUUGAAGCUCCAUACACAAGCAUUGGAGAGGUCGUCACCAACCAUCCGCUCACCAAGAUUUUUAAGUUCCUUCCAGGAUUUGAAAGUCUGCUUUGGAACAUCAUGGAAAUGAACAAUAUAGUUUUUGCAAAUGAUAAAAAUUUAAAGACUUUGAUGAGUCCACUUCUUGUCCUGCAUGCGGAGGAUGACGACAUCGUGCCCUAUCACAUGGGACUCAAGCUGUACGAGAUAUCACUCCAGGCUCAGAGAGAACGCAACACAGAAGUUCAGGUUCAAAUGAUUUCCUACAGUGCAAACCUCGGAUAUUCCCACAACAACAUCUACUUGGAUCCCAAUCUGCCCAAGGUUGUUGGGAGAUUUCUACAAACCUGAUGCAGUAGAGCAGCCGUCGCCCCGUGAGAGAAGCGGCGUUUCUCCGGCAGUUUUUUUUUUUUUUUUGUAGCAGGCUUCAUCUCUCAUCUUCGUGCGUAUAGGCCCGAACAUAUUAUAAGACAACUUUAAACAAUUUCUGACAAACAGAUUUAUUUAUGCCACACGGAGCAUGAACUCCUUCCGCAGACUGAAACCAGGACAGCUCAUAUUCAGUUGUGCUUUAUGAUUUUAUUUCACUGGGAAGAAGUACAACACAAAUAAAGUAAGUUUGGUACAAAUUCACCACAUUUUACUAAUACUAGAAACAAGAUGUGACCACGACCUGGGUCAAGCAAUAUUUUCAAAUAAGUCGUAGUAUUUGCUUUAAUCCACAUGAGGUAUGGAUGGGUUUGUCACAUGUGACCGUACAAUGCCGAGGUUACAUUUUUAUACAAUCACAAGAAAGAAAAUGAAAAUCACUGUAGCAUCACUGUUCUGUGAUGCUAUCUGAAUUCCUGUAUUACAAAAACCCUCCAUCUUGUACUUCAACAAGGUUAAAACAAACACUUAGAGUUAUUUUUUAAAUACUAUCGGAUAUCAGUCAAAUGCUGCUCAAGAUAUUCAAAUAUAGCCCACAGGGUCUCUUGGUUUUACUGCAUGUGUUGGUGCUGAAAGACUGUAACAGACAAGUUUUUUUUUUUUUUUUUUUUUUUACCUAAGUGCUUUGGAAAUCAAAAGUGUUUGCGAUCUGAACCAUGGCCUCUUAAAAUGAAAUCACCCAAGUUCUUGAAAAAGUCGAGCGAUGUAUUAUUUGAAAGUUAAAAGCACAGGCACGGUUAAUGAAACUGUAAACCUACGCAGUGCCAAAAAACAAAGAAACCCUCACAUUUUCUUCAAAGCUCUGGCGGUUUCUUCGAUGGCCUCUCGGGGCUCGUUUGGCGCCGGGAUCUUCAGGUCAGUCGGCUCGACGCCCCACACCUCGGUCGCGUACUCCGUGAUGGUCCGGUCGCUGGAGAACUUCCCCGUGGCGGCGAUGUUCUUGAUCACCAUCUUCGUCCACUCCUUUGGAUUCUUUUUGACAAUAAAACGAGAGUGGAUGUUUUUAUGUACAGCCUCAUCAUUCAGGCAAAUUCUUUGAAACAAGUUUGAGGCUAUAAAAGAUUGUCUUUUAAACUUUAUUCAUUCAUAAUUCUUAGUGUUUGUGUUGACCAGCAUGUCGUGCCAGAUGGGGCAUAUCAGGUCGUGUCUCCUAAGUUGUCAGUCAUGUUAAGUGAUAAUAAAAUUAAAUUCUCUACUGCGGACGUUUAAA